AUGGCGCACCAUUCCUGUCGUGUGGCAGUCACGUCUGGCGAAGAAUUGCUGCAGAUCCGCAGAGAAGUCUUGCCCAGCAAGCCCGCCUGCGAGCCAGCAAUUAACACGGCCGAGUUACGCGAGACCCUCGGGGGUCAACGACACACGAGGGUCUGCCCAUGCGGGCGCUCAGCGCUGGACCGGUAGGAACAUACAAACCAGACAAGGACAGAACCCUUCAUUACAAAUCUACGGGCAGAAGGAUCGAGAGUUGAUGCACACAGAGUGACUAUCGCAGUAAAGCUGUUCUCGGCUAUCCUGCCUGCCUACUAUUUCGCACAGAACUGGCGUCAUGCUAUUGGGCGAUAUAAUACAAGUAACGGACCAAUGAAAUAGUUAUUUUCGGACAAAAUUCUUUUAUCCAGGGCCAUGGAUUAGGACACACCAUUAAACAGGUGUAUUUUCUUCCUUACUGUUGCCCGUUUGCAGAUAAAUCCGAAAGCCGCGAACCAAUACUAUAACAAGGAGCAGAUGCAAGUAGACAGGCAGCUGUUAAAAUUUUGUCCGAGAGCUGGCUACGGGCGGGACAUUUAGUUGGUGAAAAGGAGGAAACUAGCUUUUACAGCAAAGUAUAGAUGUCUGUGCUGAUGUAUACUUUGGUUUCUAAACUCGUUUGCUCAAAGUUACCGGAAAAUAUGCCUUCAAGAGCAAUUCAUUGUGAAGAAAGAGAAGACUAUGGUUCAGUCUCAAAGGGAAUCUAAUUUGGUCGUAAUAAAGCUUGAAAUCGUUAUUGAGUUCGUUGGCAGAAAGAAGGAAGUUAUCGAAAAAUCUUUUUAAUUUCAAAUGGACCCCUAGAUCAGUUAGCGUUCUGUCACUAUUAAAAAGCUGCUGGCAUUCAAAGUGCGAGGAGAUGACGGUAGGGGAGGGCAGUUUUUGGUAAUUAACGCUGUGAGCAGCUCUUUGGGCUGAAAUGGCUCCAAAUGAAUAUUUAAAAUUGCCUGGGCCACUAAAAGACGGAAAGUACGACUAGGACCGUGACUGUGCCAAUAAUUACUGAGCCAUUUAUUAGACGGUAGGCUUACGAAGCGACAAACUAGCAUCUCAUCCCAUAUUCUGUCGGCGCCUUUGAUCACAGAGUCGGUUCGCCGUAACAUCGCAACAUUGCAACAACUAAUGGCAACAUUAUGGACUAGUGAACGUCCGCACGAUCAGUAGGAGCCAACCAACUGACUGUUUGCUAUCCCGAUAUCCGCCGUUCAGCAUGGUGUGCUAGGUGGAUAUUUACGCAUUUCCACAUGUGUGGCUGAGGGGUUUAAGCUAAUUUUCUUAAAUGAAACCGUAUUCUAGGCAUCGUCGUCAUCACCAUCAGGUCAGUACGGGUACAUGUAUCAUGGAAGUAUGUGUCUUGAACAGGGUUUAUAGACGCUUCGGGGAACUAUUCACAAUCCUCGUUCUAAGGCCGUCCGUAUGGCAAACGUCGGAGUGUUAUGGCCAUUGUGGCUGGGCCAGGGAGGUCGGAGUUAGAGUGUGAGCGAUGCCUGUGUGUUGACACGCACUGUAAUGGGGGAUGGGGCGGUGUGUAAUUAACACCUGGAGUCGGCGUUGGCCACGUAAAAUGGGACAUUUGCACCAACAUCUUUUGACAUUCUCAGAACGGUGGGCUUGCUAGCUGAACAAUCGAUGCCUCCGCUGUUGCAAACACCCUUUGUUUUAGAGCAGUUUGCUUCGCAUGAUAUACAACCCGAAGGGCUUCUUUUGCGUCGAUUUGGCGACUCGUAUGUAUGUGAUGUGUCGUGCAUUAGGUCGGUCACAGAGUGAUUUGAUGCUAAUUUGCGGACUCGGGUACAGUGCUGAUGAGAACUGAUUAGAAACACAAAACCCCGUCCGGCUGCAAAUUAUCACGAUCUUCAUUGUCUAUAGUGUCCAGAGUACUCCGGACCAUAAGGAUGAGCGUCCGCGAAUGCCUGAAUCGCGGUGCCCCCUCGCGCUAGGUAGAAACUAAAUAGGCUUCUAAAUGGUCAUUCUAGUCCCUUUUUGUUAAAUUUAUCUCCAGCCAGUAAUGUAGGUGAAGUGAGACCCAUUUCUGUAGCGAUUUGUUUAUACGAAAACGGCACAAAGCCCGAAAACACUGAUCAGGAUUAGUCUGACGUUCAUCUAGUUGACCGAAUGAAACUCCCACAAUCUUUAACCUAAAAGAUACAUUAGAAAGGGCCCUCUAACUUUAUUCGAGAGCCUUUUUAACCAGAAUGGCCUGCAAUUAGUUUUUAUAUCAAGAGUAUACCCUUAAUUUAAUAAUAACUAAAAACAACCUUCAAGUUGAAAGGCAUCGCAGGGUGAUUAAAUGGCAUUUUAGUCAGCUGUUCAGAUACUGUGAUAAGUUUUAGAGGAAAAGUUCACCUGAAACAUUCUUCCCUCCAAACUGUAUUCGAACAUUAGCCCAUUGAUCAUCUGAGAUAGCGGCGAUGUUAUUUAGGUCAGCCGGGAGAGAGACACCGUGUCAUGAGUCUUAAUUAAUUUCAGAUUAUUGGUGCACGUAAAGUUUAAAGUGUUUUCACAGAAUCAGCGCAUAGUAGAGAACUCUUAUCGGUAAUGCAUAAACAUCACGGAAAGCUAUUUGCACUUCCGCAAGGUGUUAGAAAAUGUUGGCAUUCUCUAACACCCAUACGAAAAGGCGGCCAUAUCGGAGACAUGAAUGUCCGAAUAAUGGUCUCAAUACACAAAACGUAGGGAGUCCUCUCACUUUCUAAAUACAUAUUCCCAGCUUUUACCAGAGGACAUGGAUCUAGCAGCUGUUGGGUCAAUACGGACAGUUUAGUGCCCACAGUGGUCUUUUCUCUGCGGUGAGGGCCAAUUUCCUUUCGAAUAUAGCCAAAACUCGGUUUAAUGAUCUCAAAUAGUACACAUGGUAAAUACAAAAGGCCAUUUCCGGAAUGCAAUUGAAAAAGGGGCCGACUGGGUGGCCUGGAACAAGCGUCUACUUCAUAUGAUAUUGUAGAAUCCGUCUAGAAACAAUAACCCAAAACUUAGAUUGUACGACUGAGAGACGGACAGACGGAGGUACGCAGGGUUUCUGCAAUGCUUAAGGUGUGCGGGGCAUCUACGGAUGGGCAGGCUCCAGUCCCUCACUCAUCCUCUCAGAAGUGGUUUUUGCACUUAAAACAGCUGGAGAAGCACAUUCGGAAGGACUAUUCCAAAUGCCAGUGACCGAGCACGCUUCAUCCUCACCACAAUCAUUUGCCAUGAUGCCCGCGGAAUAACCAGACAGUAGAUUUAAAGGCAGUUAAACAGAAAUCUUCAUUAGAGCUGACAACCGCUUAACUCGCCUACUGCCAUCUUCAGGGCUCACCAACCUGUGGUCCGCAAAAAACAACAAAGACUUCCACCCGGUCCUAUAGCUAUUGCAAAGUCAAGACCUUGCCUCAGCUGGCCAAUAAAUCACAGCGGAACACUCAGCUGAACGGUUCUCCUAAGAAAUGGUAUUGGGGAGAGGGGCGACAUUGCCAAUCUGUUAUCGGGCAAAGACUGGUGCCGCCAGUCGCUGAGAUAAGGAGGGGUGAGAGAUGAAGCAAGCGAGAGAGAGAGGGCGCAUGUUAUUUUGACGUGAUCAGAAUUUUCAGUUAAAAAUUGCCUUCGCAAAUAACACGCACUAAAACUGCAAGUGGUCGGAGAAGGAGAAGGAACGAGCGUCGGUGUUCAGCGUAUAUUCACAGACGUGAACUAUCGGCCAUGUCGUUGCUGUCGUCGAUCGGUUGCGCUUGUGGGCAUCAAAAAUUCGAAGGCGCGCCACUUGUGAGGGCAGACGGCUUAUCCUGCCGCCCAGUGGACGCGACUCUCCAAAUUCGCUGAGGACAUGCUGGUGUAGCUAACAGGCUGACUAAUCAAACGGUAGGGAUUAACCCGGCUGGGUCAAACUCCUCGCAGCUGUGUCAUUCGGCGGUUAAACAUGUAUCUGAGCUUUUAGCUGGUAUCUGUGCCGUCUAGUAUACUGUGCAGCCCACACAUACUAUUGGCUGCCUGUUGACAGUUUGUGAAUAUUACGCAGUUAUUCCGCUGUAGCUGACGUACUAUGGUCCAAACGAUUCGUAUCAAAUUUCAGUCUGAGCCUACAAGUCUUAAAUAGAUUGACUUACCCAAAUUUGGAGACUAGUUUCUAAGGAAGUUAAGGGCCUGCAGUUUAAAUGUUGGAGUGUCUACCAGAUCAAUACAGGGGUCAGAUUGGAGUUCGGCAAGCGUUAUCGGAAUACGCGCCCACAACAAAUGUCAAUAUUUGGGGUGCGAGGGCAGGCCUAGUUGUUAGCGCGAGCCGUGCCAAUUGGUGUUCGUUCUGUCUCCACCGCCCCUCUAUUUUUCUUGCGCAAUAUCCCGUUCAGUGUAAGUUGUGGGCGAGGGGUUGUGGUGGUACGCCUAGGUGCGGGUAUUCGCUGUGUCAGCCACCUGUGGCCGCUACCGCCUUCAGUUUUAUUGGUCAUGUCCUGACACCAGGUCCAAGCGGGGGGAGGAGAGAGUUCGGUAGGUGCUGUUUAAGCCUGUUUUCACUGUAAACUAAUUAAAGCAAAAGUCACCGUUCGUGCUCUACCAUGCUGUGGGGCACACGGUGGAAAUCGCUGAAAUUUACACUCGAACUGCCACCUAUCAGAAAGCACACAGGGAACGCUUGUGGACUCAUUGAUGAGCCGAACCCCUCGCAGCUGUGUCGUGCAGCAGCAGAAUAUCAGCGAAGCAUGCGUAUGGACUGAAAAUUAUGACAUAUCGUACAACUCCAGUACCUCUAGCAGAAUGCACAUACUUAUGCAUGAAGACGGAAAGGUAGGUAAAGCCUGCCGGUGAAUGAAAAUAGUGAUCCCAUGACAACAACCCGUGGAAGAGUGCUUUUCAGGCGGGUGAGUAAAGUGUAUACUGUCAAUCAAAGGAUAUGCGGAAACCCAGCAGAUACAUCUCUCAAAUGCUGCUGGAUCCAGCUAUGUUUCUUUUUCUCUCUUCUUCUCUCCCUGAUAACUAAUUACAGUAUGUAUCAGGAAAUAUCUGGCGACUCAAGUUCUUACUCAUAAAGUCGGCAUCAGUUCGCCGCAGAAUAUUUCUACAAGCUGUGGUAACCGCAGUAGAUCUAGCAACUACAAAAUACGAUUUCCUCCUUUCUCCUCAUAAAUACUCGCAUGGUUCUAGUCAAGUGAGCCUAUGUUGCGUACAUUGUGCGAUAUGAAACCUGUAACCCCGAUAACAACUUUCGACUACGCCUUCUUUUAUCAGCAAUAGUUUCAGUUGGACUGUAGUUCUACAAGCAAGGGGUAAGAUCUCAAGUUUAUGCGUAUGCAGCUACAAGCAGACUAUUUUUAGGGAAAUUCUAGCCCAGUCUGCAAAAGGGCGAAAAAUCACCUCAUAAUUGUAAACCUUUGCUAACUUAAUUAUGUACUUGUCUUGAAAGAACAAGGUUCGGCGGAAAAAUUGCGCCCUGCUUUGAAGGAAAGGCAAUUAUCAGAUUUUUAGUUAACAGUAGUUUAUGUAUCAUUCUUAAAGUAAACACCCUUGUUAAUAACCAUCCAGGUCUAACUUGGACGGAUUCAUGGGGCUCCUUAAUUCAUAAGAGGGAUUAGAGUCAGUUUGCGUAAUUUUAAACAGCGUCGCCUGAUCCGAUGACACUGGAUUACAUGCCCAGUCGUGGAAAAAUCACAAGAUCACUCCCUGUAGCUAAAGCCGUACAAAUUCUGGGGCUUGCCGUUAACCCCUAUAAGAACUCUUGUCAUCAUAAAUCUCUUUUAAUUAAAACUUAUGCAACGACUACGCCAAAAAUACAUGCUCACUUAAAGAAAACAAGAAGUCUGAAACCUGGGUUCACAAAUGCACGCUCAUGAACAGCACGAUUUCCAAGAAAAUGGACUAGCUAAAUUGUUUUCCGUCAUUCUAACGACACAAAUAGCGCACCUCCUCCUCGACAGUUUUCUCAACCAUCGGUGGACGCGCCCAUAUAUCGAGGAAAAAAAAUAAUGAAAAUUAAAGACUGGCAGGUAUGAAUAAAAAAGGUUUGCGGUCCCGAUGUCAGUUGGUUGAGGAGUGUCGCGGAAGUUUGGAAAAGUCGGAUAUUGAGCAAUAAGUGAGAACCAUAAUGAUGUGAAUUUAUAAAUCGUUGGCCUUGCUUAAGCAGUUUAGUUGAACUCGUCCGAACUAAAACACUUUGGUGCUGAAAGUCAAACUCCAGAAGCCAGAGGUUGGCUCAUAUCCUGUCUACUGCAGUACCCCCUCGGCUACAUAUUUUUUGUGGAAGAGAUGCAUUCACUAGGUGAUUGCACAUAUGCAGACUCCGCACCCCUUCCGCAUCCGCAUAACCAUUUCCGACUGCACAGCCCUUCUUGCUUCCUCUCCACACAUAUUUAUUUAGGAUAUGCUCUGAUUGUCUGCACUUGUAUCGUAAUCGCCCUGUUGGGAAAUUAUCUGUUCACAAGGGGUUUGUUUGUGGUGGAUAAACACUAAAGACUUCUUGCUACUCACAAAUGGAAGCCAAUGUCCGAGUGUCAGGUGUAUGUAUGAGUGAGAAAGAGGAAGAUUCAUCGAGUUUCGGAACAAUCUGCUUAUCAUAAUGAGCAGUCAAACUCGUACAGGAGUUCAACGUCAAAGAGGCGUGGGCAACAGCAGAAUAGCAACCACCCAAUGGAUCACAAAUGAACUUGUGUAAGAAUGCUAUUCACGUGGAAUCGGACUCACUGCAGCAACCCAGAGAAAAAAGCAUACGACAUUUGAUAAAUCCGCAACCAGGUUAUGCGUUUACAAGCUGAUGUAUACUAAUUCGCCGCUGGAGGGCCGGGGCAGAAAUAAAAACAAGGGCACAAUGUUCCUCACCGUACAAUAUGGAAGUUCCAGAAGCGACCAAGCGCAUUGCUGUGCGAUUAGGUGUCGUAAUUGCACACUGGACCAAAGCUACCAGGCCCAGUUGGACUAUGAGAAUCAAGGACCGGCUAGGUAUUUGCAGUAAAUAACGGAGUGAAGCAGGACUGCGUACUCGCCCCACCCUCUUUAGACUUAUGUUCUCCGCAUUGCUGACGAACGCAUACCGUAAUAACCACCCCCAGUGUCGCAGUGCUUACAGGACCGACGGACAUCUUAACAGCCGGCGCAUGCAGGCCUCAACACGCCUCUCCACGACUACAGUCCAUGACCCGCCCUUCCGGAAAGACUGCGCUCCAAAACUCGGUACAGGAGCAGACAUGAAAAGGAGCAUGGAUCUCUUCCCCCCCUGGAUGCACCAACUUCGGACUGAACAUCAACACGGAUAAAGCAGUGGUCAUACACCAAUCGCCACCCAACGCCGCACACAAUGCUCGUCGCAUCCAUGUUAACGACACUCAACUGAAGACCGUGGCUAACUUCGCCUGCUUAGGCGGCAUACUCUCACGAUGCAUCAAAAUCGACAAGGGUGUGGCCUAUCGGAUCUCUAAAACUAGCCAAGCCUUCGGCACGCUGUAGAACUCCUUAUGGAACCGCCACGGCCUCCACCUGAAGAUCAGGCUGAGGGUGUAUAAAGCUGUCGUCCUGAUGACACUUCUACACAGAGUGGAAACAUGGACCAUCUACUCUAGCGAUGUCAGGGCUUAACAACGUCCAUCUCAGCUGCCUCACAGAAUUGUGAGGCUGAGAUGGCAGGGCAGGAUCCCGGACACGAAAGUCCUGGACCCAAGCAUUAGCAUCCACGCCAAGCUGAGGCAACUGUGAUGGAGUGGCCACCUGGUGGGGAUGGGUGAUACACGAUUACACAAAUGACUCAUGUACGGCGAUGCUGCUACGGGUGCUAGCCGACUAGGAGGACAUAAACAGCCAUGUAAGGGCACUCCGAAGAACUUGUUGCGAUUGAAGGCUGGCUCGAAUGCUCACAAUGGUCGACAAGACAAAGGUUCCCAGGUCAGAAGUCAGGGAAAGCGGAUUGGGUUAGACAACCUUUACUGCUGAGGAGGUGCGUGCACAAGGCUUUGCAAGCAGUCGCUGCAAGCCAUCUCUCCAGGCAAGAUGUGUUCGUCCGUGUUCGCCGUUGAGGUGCAUAGACCCCAGCGCGUGUGUGCGCCUUUCGGUCUGUCCCAGUUAGCGUCCGCCAGCUAAUCGGAGAAGGACCAGAUUCGACUGGCUUCGAGCUCUCGAGAGGCUAGUGACAAGCCAGCCUCGCGCGGUCCCAUCAGCGAAUUGACAGGGAGCGUGAGGCGGACAGGAAGGCAGACAGACAAAGCGGCGGAGCAUAGGAAAGCGCGGACUGCUACAAACUCCCUGAAACUACUGCACAUCAACCCCGAGGCCUUGGAGACCGGUCUGGAGAAAUGCAGUGGAGACAGGCGCAGCAAUCUACGAGGCAGACCGGAUCGCCGCCGCCAAGGGAGAAGCUUGUACUUUUUAGGCACCCCUGUCCCGCAACAUCGUCACUCAACUCCACCCAACAUGCCCUCUUUGGUGGGCCUCGUCUGGCAUUUUCUGACCCAGUGCACCAACCAUCCGACAACGACAACUGCUGUCAAUAGAAGCUAAGAGACGAGUCCCAGGAAGCAGUCUUGAAGAAGAAGACACGAUCGCCGGGACAAUAGCUUUAUUAGCUUGACGUUUCGGAUUCCUGCUCGAAUCCAUCAUCAGCGAUUCGAUCAGGAAUCCGAAACGUCAGGCUAAUAAAUCUCUUGUCCCGGCGAUCGUGUCUUCUUCUUCAAGACAACUGCCGUCCCCGACUGCCCCUGCUCCAAACCCCGCGCCGACCACGACAGCGCCCACCCUCAUCACCGUCGCUCCCAAUCCCUCUGUCCCACCGCCGUCGAUCACCGCCACCUCCAUCAUCUCUGUCACAGUCACCGCGGCGAUGACGAACAUAAUCACCUCUACCACCCCCGCCACAGACCGCAACGGUCCUAACGCCCUGUCAACAACCAACACCCUCACCAUCAUCAUUACCACCUCCAGAGAUGUGGACUCGAUCCCAACCGGUCAUCAUUGCGGCCGCAAAUCCAUCUCACGCAUCGUCCUGGCCGGUCACUUGUGA